GGCGGCCCACUUCUCUGACAAUAAGAAGAUAUUAGUAAUAAUUUACCCUCAAAAAACUUAGAAGUGGAAAGAAAUUAAUUAGAAAAAGAAAAUAAAAAUAAAAAAGAAAAACGCGGCUGCUUUACACCAAAAACCGUAGUUCGUCUGCUAAUCAAAUUCCCAGCUCCACAGAUCGUCAAUUUACGAUCCAUAGCUAAAAGGGCUCUUAAUUCUCCACGAACUUCGAUCAAUUUAAAUUAAUCAUCCCAAAAAUAUUCCAUAAAAAUGUAUUCUUUGUUUUCCUAGUUUAAUUUAUUUCGUUAUUUUUAUUGAAGUUUAUUUUUUUAUUGCAAUUUUGGGUGGCUUUGGAAUUAAGGUUUCGAUCUUGAUCUAUUUAGGUGAAAUCAGUGAUGGGUUUUUCUGAAAUUCAUAGCUCUAUAAUGGGUCGAAUAGAAUUUGGGGUUUUAUUUGUUGAAGGAUUGUGAAACAAGUGGGCGUUGUUUUUUGUGGGUGAAUUUGGGGAAGAAACGUUUCUACGUUUCUGAGAUGAUUUCUUUAGGAAAUAGAGAUGGAAGGAAAGGGUUAGAACAAGGAUUUAGCAGUAACAAAAGAGAAAUGGAUGAGACUGAGCUUGAAGAAGGAGAAGCAUGUUCUUACCAUGAUGAUGAUACAAGCAUUGACCCAGAUGUUUCCCUUUCUUACCUAGAUGACAAACUUCAACAUGUACUGGGACAUUUUAAGAAAGAUUUUGAAGGUGUGGUUUCGGCAGAGAGUUUGGGGGCAAAAUACGGUAUAUAUGGUUCGUUCUUGCCGUCUCAUCGUCGAUCACCUGUUUGGUCUCAUUCUAGGAGCCCACCAAGAAUACAAAACCAUAUAACUUCCCAGUCUUCAAAUACUUUACAACCGGAGGGUGGUCAUCAUAAUACUCCAGCUCCAGUCAACAUCUCGUAUUCAAUUAAACAGGGAUCUGCUUCUGCUGGUUCUGCUUCAUCUUAUGCUUACAAGCCACCACCCCAAAUUGACCUUGUUAGACAACAUGCGGUGACAAAGUCAACUCAUUCAAUGGAAGAGGGUAGGCCUAAAUCUGAAGUUCCUGACCAGAAAACACUAAAAGUUCGAAUCAAAGUGGGUACGGAUAAUUUGUCAGUAAAGAGGAAUGCUGCAAUCUACAGUGGUCUUGGCCUUGAUGGUUCUCCAACCUCAUCACUUGAUGACAGCCCAACGGAAAGUGAAGGGUUGUGUGGCAGACUGUCUUUUGAUGAUUUUGAGUCUCCAACUCGAAUUCUUCAAAUGAUGAUGUUGUCUCCACUAUUUGGAGAUUGCUUCUUGUCUCCUCUUUCAGAUGAUCUGAUACGUUUGAGUGAAAGGCCAAAGCACCUGCAAGAUAUUCUUACCCCACCUUCCUCCAAGGCGAAACCCGAAGAUGCUGUCAUAGGGCAUCCACCUAUUUCAGUUCAAGAUACGAAGGCAAUUUCUGGUGAUAACAGCAUGAUGUUAUUGGACAAAAAGGGGUUAUCUUUGCAAGAAAAGAGAGAUAAGAAGGACGGCAAUAUUGGCUCACCAUCCCAAUUAAAGGAGACGGACAUCGAUGCUGUGUCUUGUGAGGAGCUUGUUUCUAAAGCUUUGAAGCUUCCCCUUCUAUCAAAUGCGCACAAUAACAUAAAAGGCUCCCCAAGAGCUUCACUGAAGGAAAAGGUUUACAGUGAUGCAUCAAAACGGGAGCCUAUCGAGUCAAUAUCUGUCCAUGCUAGCUUGAUUGAGAAGCCCAGUGAGAAGGCAGUUUCAGCAGGAAAAGUUAUACAUGACAGAGCUGCUGGACUACGGACUGAUGUGGUGACUGAUUCAGAAAAGGUUGGCAAUGGAAUAAGUGAAACAGCAGACAGUGCGACCAAUAUUAGCACUGGUGGCUCAAACUUUAUAAAGGCUUCAAAAAUGGGGAUAAAAGGUCUUAUGAAUCAGGGGACCGACAAAUCUACUUCCUGUGAUGAUGGCAUGGUUUUACCUUGUGGAAAAGAGCAGUUCUCAUCAGAAGAUGAGAAGAAACCCAAAAAUAGUCCAGCCCAUGAUUUUGGCACUAGGAAAAUAGCAAUGGAAGUUAAUAAAGAUCAUGCUCAGGUGCUAAAAGACACAAAGUAUACUGAUGCUGAAAAUGAUGUUUAUAGAAUUGAAGUGCAAAAAGCUUCUGGAAAAGCCAGGGGGCAGUAUGCUGAUUUCUUUGGGGAGAUGAAUGAACAGGAUGGUGAUAUAAUGGACUCCCCAGAUGUUCCUUCUGAAGAGAUGAUGAAGAUCUCUGAGGUUGUUGACAAGACUAUUUUAGCUUAUGACACUUCAAGGGAGAGGACAAGCUCCUUGGAAACGCGCAAGGGAUUGACUUCAGGGGCAAAACAUAGAGGGUUCUCUAACAAUGCUUCUGUACCAGAAAAUGGCAAACCCAUAUCUGAGCCAGCUCCUGUUAGUGUUGAUGGAAAUGACCAUUGGGUCUGCUGUGACAAGUGUCAGAAGUGGCGACUUUUUCCACCUGGCAGUAAACCUAAAAACCUUCCUAAAAUGUGGGAUUGCAGCCUGAUGACCUGGCUGCCCGAAAUGAACAGCUGCAGUUCUAGCGAAGCAGAAACCAACAAUUUCCAUGCCCCUCCCCCUGGCAUGACAUCAGCUUAUAUUUUGAGCUCUACUGUGCCCAUCAAUGGGAAAAUCGCUGGCAAAGUAAGAAAAACAUCGAGGUCGUCCUCCUUCCAAGAUUCUCCUAAGAAGCUUCCAAGCUCCAUGAAAAAGAAACAACAGUCAGCAAAAGAAAAGACCUGGAAAGAACCAAAAGACUCUUACCUAAUGAACGGACUAGAUCUUCAACAACCUAAGUCUAGUGAUAUAUAUCUGGAGACAGGUAAAUGUCAUGCUAAGAUCCCAAACAUAAAAAGCAGAAGGGAAUCUGAUCGAGAGUUUCCUAGAACUUCUAAGAAAAGCAAGACAGGGAGCAUGCAAAGCGGGGGUAAUGAUUGUGCAGCUGCCCAUGAUCAAAGCAUUGAUGUUGUGAGUGUUAGCUCAGGCUAUGGGUUGGGAGCUGCUACUACUGGAAAGGAUCGAGAGUGUAACACAGAAUUCUUGGCUUCUCAGAAUUUAAAGGAUGACAUGGACAGCGUCACUCCUAGUUUUCUCAGCCAUUCAAAAUGUCAAGUUGAGGCCCUCCCAGCUGCUGGUUCUGUCCAUGUUGGCAAGUCAGGUAGUGGAAAUAAGAAAAGAAAAGGUGAUAACUUGAUGGAUCCCCCAAGUUCUACUCCGUCAUCUGGUAAACUGAUGGAUAAUAAUGAAAAAUCUAGCAGGAAGAGGCAUAAGGUAUCCAAGUCUGAGGGAAAAGAAUCCAGUUCAAGUAAAAGAAAUGGUAAAGCAGACAAGAAGGGUAAAAGUGGUUCACAGCAUAGAUUGAAUAGUAACGAGUCUUUGCAAAAAGAUUCAUCAUGUGCAAAUCCUGCUGUGGCAGCUACAUCAAGCUCUUCAAAGAUGUCUGGAUCUCUUAAAGUCAAAUGCAAGUUUCAGGAAAGAAAAGGUUCACCAGUUGAAUCUGUUUGUUCUUCUCCUCUGAGACAUCCAAAUUCAGAUAAACUCACGCCAGGGUACAAAGUCAUAGUGGGGAAUGAUGAUGUCCAAGAUACUGUCAAACUAGCAACAAGCAGUCCUAAACGAUGCUCUGCUGCUGAUAUAGAAGGUAUUGGUGAUCAAUCUGGAGCUAUCAGGAAAGAUAUCAUUGCUAUUGGCACUCUUCAUGGUUCUCCAAAUUACUCUACUAUUAACCUGCAAGACAAAAGUAAAGGAGGUUUACAGCUGACUAGUGGUAACGACUGCAUUGAUAACUUGAACUUGGAUAAUGGUUAUUCUUCAGAGGCACAGCCUUCACAUAGAUAUGUCGAUGAGACAACUAAAUUCCAUAUUGAUGCUAACAUGUCCAACUCUGGAAAAUCUUGGAAGGAUUCUCCUUCACUCUCCAAGGAUAAGAAUCAGACUUUAAAAUCUAAAUCUGCGAAGGGUAAGGUUAAGAUGUUGGAAUCUUAUGACAACUCACUGGAUGAUACAUCAUUCUAUGAAGAGAGAGAACGGAACAGAAAAGUAAACGUUGAUGAAAAAUGUGGGUCGAAUGCUGAUAAAAUUGAAUAUUGCACUAUGACCCACAAUAAAGAACCCUCUCUUUCAAAGUGUGAAACAAGAAAGGAAUAUGAUGAGAGACGAUCUUCUAAGAAGUUUGAUGUGGAGAAGUCUGAGGACUUGGUGGCUAUACCUGCAAAAGAGAAGUCUCGACAUUUACCAGUGUCUGAUGGUGAGAAAAAUGAGAUGUCAUAUGUUGUGCUACCUUGUCAGGGUAAUAAGGCCAGUACUUCAGUAUCUGAUGCUCGUCCAGAUGGUCUUCCUAGGGAGCCCAGACUGGAUAAGAAAGCUGAUAACCAGAAUGGAACUCAUAUUUCAUCUAAGCGUCCAAUAUCUAAUGGGCAUAGGAUCAAGAAUCAAGAUGCUCCUAGUCCUCUGAGAAGGGAUUCUUGUAGUCAAGCCGCAAGCAGUGCUAUUAAAGAAGCCAGAAACUUCAAACACUUGGCUGAUCGCCUAAAGAGUUCUGGGUCAACAGAGAGUAUAGGAAUGUACUUCGAGGCAGCACUGAAGUUUCUUCAUGGAGCAUCCAUACUAGAAUCUGGAAAAACUGAGAACAUUAAACAUGCAGACAUUAAUCAAUCUAUGGACAUAUAUAGUAGCACUGCAAAACUUUGCCAGUUUUGUGCCCAUGAAUUUGAGAAGAUAAAAGACAUGGCUACUGCUGCACUGGCAUACAAAUGUGUGGAAGUGGCAUAUUUGAGGGUAGUUUAUUCAUCACAUAAUACUGCUAGCAGAGAUAGGCAUGAACUGCAGACUGCUCUACAGAUGGUCCCCCCAGGAGAGUCCCCUUCUUCGUCUGCCUCUGAUAUUGACAACUUAAACAAUACUGCAAAUGGUGACAAGGCUGCCCAAGUCAGAAGUGGCGGUUCUCCUCAACUUGCAGCAAACCUUGUCAUUGCGGCGAGGAACCGUCCAAACUUUUCAAGGCUUCUCAGUUUUGCUCAGGAUGUAAAUUCUGCAAUGGAAGCUUCAAGAAAAUCACGCAUUGCUUUUGCAGCUGCUAAUGCUAGCAUGGGUCAGGCAGAUUCAAAAGAGGGAAUCACUUCUAUUAAGAGAGCUCUGGAUUUCAACUUUCAUGAUGUAGAUGGACUACUGCGUUUAGUACGGGUUGCUAAGGAAGCAAUUAACCGUUGAGAUGUUCAAGCAUAUUUUACACUUAGUGUUAUCCAGAGGAAGGUUUUCCUUUCUUGGAAGCAACUGUCUUGAGGAGGAAAAUUGAAGGUGGAUUUGAUUUGUUGCCAGAUGAUUAUUUCCUCAAUGUCACCUCAUCCUUCAUUUGCAUAGUUGCAAGUGGUGCUAUAUGGGCCAUAUAUCAUCUUCAGCUGCUGCAUCUGAUGGACAAGAGACGUGUUGCAUGCUCUUGCAGAUGGUGGUAUUAAGACAGUGAAUUACGUUUCUUGGGGUUACAGUAAAUUAGAAGUUUUUUGGCAGCAAAUCACGCUUGGAAGGGAUGUCAACUAUCAUUCUUCGUUUUACAUCUUGUUUAGACAAGAAAUCCCCAACUUGUUAUUUAUUUCAUGUAUAGUGUACAUAAACAAAAGAAUAGGACAUGAAAUAGCAUAUUGUCUUUGGAGCUCUCUGGGUUACUCUGACUGCACCAUCACUCUUCUUUCUUAACAAUCCCAGAGGUUAAGGCAUGAUGAUAAAUUGAGUGCUUAUAUGAUCCAUAAAGAAAGGAGGCAAGUAGGAUGACGCACCGAGUAUGUGCAUGUAAAUAUGGUGUAGUUUUCACAACACGUUAAAGCUGUUCUAUAAUGAAGACAGGCAGCAACAUUUUCCUUACAUAUUUAUGAGGAAACGCCUUGGAAUAUGCUUAGUACACUUCAAACAAUUUUAGCUGGAGUAACUUACAUUGAAAUCGCUCCUGCAGCUAUCUGCUGAAGUGUCCACUGUCAAAACUGUAAAUUCACAAAAUACCAAUUUUUUAAUCUCUUUUAAAGGUUUUCUUUCCCAAUGUAAAACUGUAAAUUCGUUGAUUCUUUUCAGAGACAUUAUUGAAGUUGCAUAUUGUCUUCUUACCCAAUGUAGAUCUUGUCAAUCUCUGAAUACACUCAUAGCAGCAGGUAUACUAUAUCAAUAUAAGAAAUUGUACAAAUUCUCAGGCCUUAUUGUUAUGUAUUCUAGUCGGGUAUUUCAUGUUUUCUCGGAGUUGUGGCGCGAUUGCAGUUGGCUCCGCUUCUUAUUGUUGAAUGAGAAGCGACAUUGUUCUCCAAGGAUCCUUUCCUGCUUAUUCAAUGGAGGAACCGAGUGUUGUACCUAUAUUUCUUUUCGGGGCUGCGAAUGAGAAUUUUUCAGGAUUGUGAUAAAUUUGCCUCGAACAAGGAUCAGGCAUAAAUAGCUUUGAAUUAGUGGUUGUUUGGUAUAUGAGAAUUUAAUUUCUAUGAGAAGUUAUCAAUAUAAAAAAUUGUACAAUUUUUAAGGCCUCUAUUGUAAUGUAUUCUAGUCGGGUAUUUCAUGUUUUCUAGAGUUGUGGCGCGAUUACAGUUGGCUCCGCUUGGUACUGUUGAAUGAGAAGCGACAUUGUUCUCCAAGGAUCCUUUCUUGCUUAUUCACUGUACGGAGGAAAUGAGUGUUGUACCUAUAUUUCUUUUCGGGGCUGCAAAUGAGAACUUUUUAGGAUUGUGAUGAAUUUGCCUCGAAUAAGGAUAAGGCAUAAAUAGCUUUGAAUUAGUGAUUGUUUGGUAUAUAUGAGAAUUUAAUUUCUAUGGGAAGUUUUAAUUCUAGGAAGUUAUUUUCCUUACUUCCUAGGAUAUAGGCUUA